GGGUGGUCAUGCCUUUUGGUCUCACCAACGCCCCGACGACCUUUCAAGCGGCAAUGACCAGCGAGUUCCGUGCGAUGUUGGACCGGUUCAUGCUGGUCUACUUAGACGAUAUUCUCGUCUAUAGUCGGACAUUGGAGGAUCAUCUUGAGGACCUUCGACCAGUGUUGGAGACGUUGCGCCGUGCCAAGUACAAAGCCAAUGGCGACAAGUGCGAAUUUGCCCGACAAGAGCUGGAAUACUUGGUCCAUUUUGUCACACCGGAGGGCAUCAGUCCGUUGCCGGACAAGAUUCAAGUCAUCCAAGAGUGGCCGAAGUUGCGGAACGUCACGAAUGUUCGUUCGUUCCUUGGCCGUGCCGGCUACUACCAACGUUUUAUCAAGGGAUACUCGAAGAUCGCGGCCCACUUGACCAAGCUUCAACGCGAGGAUCGACCGAUUGACUUCGGAGAGGAUGCGCGGGAAUCAUUUUUGGCUCUCAAAGCCGCGCUAUUAUCUGCAGAGGUCUUGCGCAUAUACGACCCACUAUUGCCAACACGUGUCACUACGAAUGCGUCCAGCUAUGGCAUUGGUGCCGUCCUCGAACAACUCCUAGCCUUCGUCCACGUGCUCAAGCGGUGGCGGCACUUCCUCCUUGGUCGAAGUCAAUUUGAUGGUGCCACGUCAGCAGUGCCACGUCAGCAACGAUGCCACGUCAGCAACAGUGCCACGUCAGCAGUGCCACGUCAGCAACAGUGCCACGUCAACAGUGCCACAGUGCCACGUCAGCAGUGCCCCGCCACCAUGACGGGCUCAGUUCUGGGCAUGCCAGGCCAACUGGCAAAUGAGUCCAUUGCCGAGUACCGACAGCAUUUCGAAACUCAGCUCGCACUAAUCGCGGCUGAGGAACAACGCCAACUGGCAGCCGAGGCUGUCCGCCUACAGGCUGAAGCGGCGGCAACAGCUGUGAAGCAGCGGCUUCAGGCCGAAGCAGAUGCAGAUACCCAGGCACGCCGCAAGGAAGCCCAGGCUCUGCUACAGCGGCAUGAAGCCACUAGCAUCGAAAAGCUCAAGUUUUGGCACUUUGAACCAGCCGAGGAGCACGACGACGCGACAUCGGAGGAGCAGCACAAGGAAUUCAUGGCCAAACUCGUGACCAGGUUGGUUUACACUUGUAACCACCUGCAGUCCGAGCUGGCGAACCUCCAGCAGGACGUACGGAGCCACAAGGCUCAGCACGAUGAUGCAGCACGGGCACUCGAUUCCCGUGUACAGGACUUGGAGCAAACUGCACCAAGACCGGAGGCUGGCGAGUCCAGCAGUGCACCCUCUGCCCGCCAACUGGAGGAACGAGUUGAUCACGUAGUCGCAAUGCUCGGCGACAUCAGUACCUUCGCUGCACCAGCCACCAUCAGCAAUCAGUUGGACACCUUGAAGACCGAGGUUCAGGAACUGCACCAGCUUCCUAACAAGGAUAGCAACGCCGUGCAGCACUACAAGAUGCCGACAUUCCAAAUCGAGAAGUUUUAUACGCAUCAAGACUCGGUCCUCCGGUGGGAGGGCUUUACAACGCAACUUCGGAUUCUGUUCGUCGCCAAGCACGCGUACAUCGGCGCGUUGUUCCUCAACUCAAAGGGCAGAUGCCAGAUCUGGUUGAGCCACCUGGCAACCGUCCACGACGUCGAUGUCGCAGAUCUGAAAGAUAAGAUCUCUUGGGAAGAGUUAACACGGCUAUGGAAGAAGCGGUUCAUCGUGGACGACGCCCCAGCGCUCGCCAUCAACCGCCUCUUCGCUAUGACGCAAGGCAACACAUCGACGCUACCAACUCCGUUGAUGGACGCCGGAGUAGAGGUUGUCGACCUUCACGCCUACAUUGCGAAGAUCUACCGCGAGUUCAAGACACAACGACGGAGUUUGGACGAGCAUGUGGAACACCUGCGCACCGUUUUGGAGCGGCUACGACAAGCCAAGUACAAAGCCAACCGCGACAAAUGCGAAUUCGCGCGGCAGGAGAUGCAGUACUUGGGACAUUAUGUGACGCUGCAAGGCAUCCGUCCGCUUGCGGACAAGAUCGAGGCCCUACGAGUAUGGCCCGAGCCCAUUAACACCACGGACGUUCGUUCAUUCAUGGGGUUGGCGGGUUACUAUCAGCGAUUCAUCACCGGAUACUCAAGGAUUGUUGCACCUAUGACGAGAUUACAAUCGCCAAAGGUGCCAUUCGUAUUCGAUGACGACGCACGCCGGUCAUUCCAAGCACUUAAGACGGCCAUGCUCAUGGCACCCGUCCUUAGCAUAUAUGACCCCACCCUGCCUACGAGAGUGACAACUGACGCUUCCGGCUAUGGCACUGGGGCAGUUUUGGAACAACACGACGGCGACGACUGGCACCCUGUGGAGUAUUUCAGCCACAAAGUGCCUCCCAUCAAUUCGCUUGAUGAUGCAAGGAAAAAGGAGCUGCUCGCGUUCGUGAUGGCUCUCAAACGAUGGUGGCACUUCCUCCUUGGGCGUCGUAGGUUCACAUGGGUCACGGACAACAACCCAUUGACCUACUAUAAGACGCAGGAUACGGUUAGCAACACGAUCGGACGAUGAAUGUACUUCAUCGACCAAUUUGACUU